GAGAGCAGAGUGAGCUAAAAGAAGCGAAAAAAGAGAAUGGCGUUGGUCUCUGCACCUUCUUCUCUCCAACUCUCCUCUUCAACUCUACACAAACCCUUUAAUUCUACUCCCUUCGCUGCUGCCAUUUCAUUUCCUAAGAGCACCCGCAAUUGUGUGGUUCGCUCACAGAAUGAGAAGAAAACAAUCCCUCACAUACCCCUCGACCAGCGCUGGAUGUUCGAAGAAUCCGAGCUGAACGGCCCUGAUAUAUGGAAUAACACAUGGUAUCCCAAAGCAGCCGACCAUGUUAACACAGAGAAGCAGUGGUACGUUGUUGAUGCUACCGACAAAAUUCUGGGCAGACUGGCUUCUACGAUUGCCAUUCAUAUCCGUGGCAAGAAUUUGGCUACUUAUACUCCUAGUGUUGACAUGGGCGCCUUUGUCAUUGUGGUGAAUGCUGAGAAGGUUGCUGUCUCCGGGAAGAAACGGACUCAGAAGCUUUACAGGAGGCAUUCUGGAAGACCCGGUGGUAUGACCGUUGAGACGUUUGAUCAGCUGCAACAGAGGAUUCCGGAACGAAUUAUUGAACAUGCUGUUCGUGGAAUGCUUCCCAAAGGGCGGCUCGGGAGAGCGUUAUUCAAUCACCUUAAGGUAUACAAGGGCUCAGAUCAUCCACAUGAGGCUCAGAUGCCAAUCGAUCUGCCAAUAAGGGAUAAGAGAAUUCAAAAGCAGACAUAGAUUUGCUUGAGAUGCGACAGUUCUUCCUUGACCAAGUUGCUUGUGUUAUUUUUAUUUUGUCAUGUAUUUAUAGUUCAUGCUGAGCUAACCCAUGCUAGAGCUUGUUCAUGCUUUCAUUUUGCAGUAGAGGUUUAGAAUUUGCAUUGCUGGUAUAUGGCUCAGGUUUGCUGCUGAUUCUACUAGGAAAUUUGUUUUUGUAGUUAUCUGUUGUUUGUGUAUUAGUCUAAAAUCAACAAUGUAUCUUAUGAUUCAUCCAAUUAAAUGAGGAAAUGUUUCCAAAA